AGUUGUGCUGGAGCGACCCGUGGCUCGCCGGAUAGGUAGCAAGUACGAACAAGAUGCGCCUGUGGUGGAGGGUCAGACUUUUGGGCGACGCGGUCGCGUGCCGGGGCUAGCGGCGCCGGCGCCAACCGGGCGCGCGCCGCGGAUUUUGUUUUUUCUUAUGUCUGCACUGGCGCGCGUUUCCGUCUUUUGCCAAUCGAUGAGGGCUGCGCGAGCCGUCGCUGGCGGAGUGCUGCGGGCGACCCACCUGCUGCAGCGGCGUCGCUGCCCGUGCUCACCCUCAAACAGAAUAACAGACAGCCGGAGCGCAGGCGCAGCGGAGCAGCCCCCGACCGCCGCCCGCCAGGAGAGCGCAGCGGCGCCCGGCUCCUGUUCUUCGUGCUCUGCCGCGGGCGCCCCGUUUGCUUUGCGUGGGCCGGGCUACGCCCGUCAUACAUUCGCCCCGCCGCCCCCCCCCCCCCGGCGGGCAGCCCUUUCGCGCUUCGCGUAGCCGCCCGGGGGCCUUCAGGCUUUCAAUCAGCGCCGGCAGGUUGUGGGCAUGCCCCGCGCGGCUGCGCUUGUGUGCCCGUCGCCCCCGAGCAGUUGGCGCCCGUACUUAAUCGCGUUGGCCCUUUGUAUGGGCGCAGCCACGGGAAGCAUGGCCCGGGUCUUCUUCUGGCGAUGUUUGUUCGGGGUUUGCUUUCGCGCGGAAGGGAGGAAGGUUUGCCCCCUAAUCGCCGCCUAGCCACGUCGAGAGGCUUUUCCAGCUGCAUCUGGGCGGACGGUCGCUCGCCAUGUGUGGCUCCGUCGGGUCGACGUUCGGUGGCGCGCGCCCUCCCGCCGCAGCGUCGCUAUUCAUUUCUGCC